AUGAAGUAUGACGCAGCACUCUUCACUACUCUAGCCGUCAGCAUGGCGUCCGUUCGUGCUGCUCCAGCCCAGGAGCAGCCCCGCGCAGCUUUCACGCCGAGUGCCCCUUUCGUGACUUGCGUUCAAAAGACGUUCCCCAAGUUUCCGAAAGAGGGCAACCCUACUACGGAACAGCUUCGAGCUUGUCUUCCUGGAGCCCAUCCACAAGCGACACGCGAGCUUGUCGAUCGGGAUGCCAAAGGCGACUUCGACUCCGGCAUACAAUCCCGCGGGUUAAUGGAUACUGUCGAGGUACUGGGGAAGCUGAUGGGCAUCGACCAGAAAUCAAAGUGCCUGGACGACAAUGGAGUGCCCACUAAGCUACACGACGAAUUUGUGUGGGUUGAAGACGUCACGAAUGCAGCAGCCAGCCUCUGCAAUGAUGCCAUGGCCAUUAUCGACAGGACUGGCCUCGGUGAUGACGGUGGAAUCGCAUACGUAUCCAAAGGGUUCAGUAACGCCCACGAUGAACAAAGCAACUAUCUUCACAACCGCCGAAAGCUUCUCCUUACAAUGGCCGUCAACUACUACCCUCCCGCAUCCGUUGCCAAAGAAGCGAUCAAGGAUAUAGCGAAGGGAGUGCGCGAUCUCUGUUCCGCUGGCGUUUCGAGGCUCAUGGAUGAAAGGGAUGGAUGUACGUCGAAGGUCAAGUGGUACAUUUCGCAGAAGGCCAAAUGGGAUGACCAUCUAGCUGCUGUCGGUGGACAAGUCGGCAUGUACUUCGAUGGUUCUAACAAUCAUUUCGGCACGAUCAGCCUUGAAUUUAGCGAGGAUAGCAACUAG